AUUCUUCUAUUUUGUUUGUUUGUGACGAGUCAACUAGAAGUAAUUAAUUACUAGCAAAAAUUAAAGGAUUGAUAUAUGAUACCUUUAUUUUAAUAUAUUAAAUGAGUAGUAGUUUUAAGUUGCAAUUAUUAUAAUUACAUAAAUAGCGUAAAAAGUUGUGACUGAUAAACACAAAAAUAAUACUUUCUAUUCUCAGGGAUUGCUACCUACCUAGUUACUGUUUUUAAUUUUUUUUUUUCUACUGUACUUACGUUAGGUAAAUCUUAUAUGUAAAGUUAGUAUAAUAAAAAUAAAGUUCAAACAAACCACUCAUAUGAGAAAGCUAGAUACUUUUGUAGUUUAUAAGUGAACUUCUUGCAGUUAAAUAAAAAUGAGUAGAUUUAGAUCUUCCUUAAAUUUGUUACAAUUAAUUAGGGACUGUCGGCAUUUGUAUUCGCGAAAUUUCGGAGUGUUUUCACAAUUUCAGUUGAUUCACCGAAAAAAUAUUUUAUUAUCUGGAUUAGCAUUUCUAUGGCCAACAAAAACACUGAGCGGGCAAAUUGCUGAAAAAAAAGAUAAUUUGGUCCCUAGUAUUAUUGAAACAGCAGACAAAUUAUUUGACAAUGGUCAUUUUGAGGAAUGCUACCAAAUUCUUAAAUCUUGCAAUGAUAAGGAUAUUGAAAUUUACUGGCGCAUAUCUCGGGUCAUGUACAAUAUGUCCAAAGAAAUGAAAUAUGAUAUUGAAUACAGGAAGCUGCUCAUAUUGGAAGCUUAUAAAAUCUUGUCAGAACAAGUUCAAAAUAAUUAUGAUCGCUAUGAGGUACAUAAGUGGUAUGCUCUGUUAUUAGAUGCAAAAAGUGCACAAGAGGGCAUCAAAGAAAGAAUAAAGCAGUUGGAAAAUGUUCGGAAACAUAUGGACCUUGCUGUAACAUUAAACCCAAGUGACGCAACAACAUUACACAUGCUUGGAGAAUGGUGUUUCCAAAUAACAGAAAUGCCAUGGCAUCAACGGAAAAUUGCUGAAGUAUUAUUUGCAACACCUCCAUAUUCAACAUAUGAAGAUGCACUUGAAUACUUUUUGAGAGCUGAGACAGCACAACCUCGAUUUUAUAGUUUAAAUCUACUCAGACUUGGAACCUGCUAUCUUAAGCUGAAUAAAGAAGAUCAAGCCAAAUAUUAUUUAAAACUGGCAGCAAGUUAUCCAGCAAAAUCUAAUGACGAUCAUCGUGCUAAUAAAGAAGCUAGUGAAUUGCUCAAAAGAUUAAAAUGAUCGUUGUACUUUUAUAA